AUGCGAUUCGUGGCUCUCUCCUUCGUGCUCGGCUUGGCAGCUCAGACACUCGCCAAUCCCAUCCCUGCAUCGCCCGAAGAGCAAUGGGUCGAUGUAGCCGCCUAUCAAGGUGGCCGGCUUCCUGCCCUCAACGCCCCGUCUCAAGGUCUCAAGCCAGAGCACGGCCCAGCGGGUAGACGCGGCGCAGUAGCCACCGAAAUCGAUGUAUGCUCCAACGUGGGCGCAGAUCUUCUCAAGCGUGGCGGAAGCGCUGCCGAUGCGGUGAGUAUAAUCAUAGCAGCAACGGUAUGCCAGCACUUACUGAUCACUGAACGUUUUUGGUCCCAUUAGGCCAUUGGGGCAUCGCUCUGUGUUGGUGUAGUCGCAGCUUUCCACAGUGGCAUCGGAGGUGGAGGCUUUGCCUUGAUUCGCACCGCCCAUGGACACUACUCGGAGGUCGACUUCCGCGAGACUGCCCCAGCAUUGUCCAACCAGACAAUGUACGAGGAUACGAACAAGUCUUCGACCAUCGGUGGCUUGUCGGUAGGCACGCCGGGAGAGCUUCGAGGCUGGGAGGCUCUGCAUGCCAAGCACGGCUUGUUGCCAUGGAAGGAUAUCUUUCAGCCUGCCAUUCAGAUCGGCAGGUACGGCUUCAAGGUGAGUAGUUCGGAAUGUAUGCGAGCAAUCAGAGGAGUUCGACAAGGGCUUACACAUAUCUGUGCAUGCGCAUGAAGGUUCCCUCUCAACUCUCGGUCUUCAUCACCCAAUACGCUGACCAGCUGCUUUGCAAGGAACCUCUGUGGGCAGAAGUGUACUGUCCAGGAGGCAAGGCUGCUCAGCUCGGCGACACGAUCAAACGGAUUCGCUAUGCGGACACGCUCGAGAUCAUCGCCGAGCAGGGUGUCGAUGCAUUCUACCAUGGUCCCAUCGCGAACAGGACAGUAGCGACUGUACAAGCUUCCGGAGGGAUCCUCACACAGGCCGAUCUGGCCGCUUACAAGGUGGUGCAUCGUAAACCUGCGCACAUUCAGUACGGGAGGCACAAGGUCGUAUCCACUGUUGCUCCAUCCAGUGGAACUGUCGUUCUUAAUACCCUCAAUGUCAUUGGCCAAUACGAGGAUCUUCAAGAGGUUGGGACCAACCUCACGACUCACCGCCUCAUUGAAGCUACCAAGGUGCGCAUGCAACAACAGCUUCAUUAAGCUAUGAACUAGCUGACCAGACCGCACCCACCUCGUACAGUGGGCAUAUGCUACACGCGCACACCUCGCCGAUCCUGUGAGUAUGCCGCUGACACGAUCCCCGCUUCGGAUGAUGUCUUCAAGAGCUUCACUCAUAUUGCUUCCUUCUCUUACAGGACUUCAUCAAGAAUGUCAGCCAGAUCGAGUGGAAAAGUAUCACGGACGAAUCUGCACGCAAAAUCAAAGCCGAGAUCCGUGACAACAAGACUUUUCCUCCUGCACACUACAAUCCCGAGCGUAUUGGUGAGUGUGCAGAUAGACGGUGGCUGUCCCGGCGUCAGCGAAAACUGUCUGACGAGACAUGCUGUGCAAUAAUGCUCUCGAACAGACAUCUUGACGGACUCUGGCACCUCGCAGUUGUCGGUCGUGGCAGCCGAUGGCUCCGCUGUCACCCUCACUACCACGAUCAAUCUCAUCUGGGGCUCGCAGCUCAUUACUCCAGACGGAAUCAUUCUCAACGAUGAGAUGGACGAUUUCUCCAGACCCGGCGGCAGCAACGCCUUUGGCUAUGUCGCUGCUAGCGCCAACUUUAUCAAACCCGGCAAGCGUCCAUUGAGCUCCAUGUCGCCCGUCAUUGCCGAAAAGGACGGCCAGAUUUCCUUUGCGCUUGGAUCGGCCGGUGGAAGCCGUAUCAUCACUGCAAACAUCAUCAACAGCUUCAACGCUCUCAACGGCGUUGAUUUGCAGGACUCCUUGGUGAGUGAUGAGGCCCUCUCGCGUUGCGCAUUGCCCCGAAGCGCUGCUCAUGUGAUGAUCACCUCGCAUGCCGACGCACGCAGGCUCAACCUCGGUGGCAUAACCAGCUCCUUCCAGCUACGACGGUGCUGGAAUGGGCAGACUCGGACCCAAAGAUUCCAGGUUGGGUGGGGUACAGCAACAGCACGGCUGCUUUCCUUGCUGGGUUGGGUCACAACAUCAGCUACGCUGCUCCAGGCUCGAGCACUGCCCAGGGAGUUCAGCGCAAAGAGAGCGGACUUAUCAAGGGAGCUCACGAGCCACGUCAGCUUUCAAGCGGUGCUGCUGGCGUCUGA